AUGAUUAAGCCCGAAGACAGGUUCUGCUCAAAGGGCCAGGGCUAUUUUGGCUCAAGGGAAAACCCCAAAACCGAAACCCACUGCAGCGUCUGGGACUGGGAUCAGCUACGAUUGAUGAAAGUUAAAGGAACUGUCAAACUUUUUCCACCUGAUGAAGGUGUUGAGAUCCCACAUGCAGUUCUUGCACAAUUCGCCGAUUACCUUUCGCCAGAAGUUCGUGCAAUCACAGUUGACAAUGACGAGCUUCUUACUGGAGUCUCGACAGAUCCGGAAGAGGACGAUACAUUCUUUGUUGGAUAUAUUCCCUUCCCAGAACUAGGGAUCAUGCAUCAAGAUAUUGCACCUCGAAAUUUGCUUGUCGAUCCCGAAACAGAGAAAAUACUUCUCUUCGAUUUUGACUGGGCCGCUAAUGGAAAGCAAUACCUACUAUAUGGUCGAGACGACGUGUCUAGUGUUGUUUCACACUAUACGAGAUCAUCACAAACAACACACAUUUUACGAGCAUUCCUUACUUGGAUCGAAACAUAG